ACGACGACGACGACGAUACCAACAUAACAUCAAGAGAGGCAUUGACUAAACUGGCUGUUAUUUAUAUAAAUACACAUAGAAAAUCCUAACACAAUGGCGUAUGACUUAAAAAAGGAGUCUGACGUUAAGGAAUAUGUGGAAAAGCUGGGCGUUGAAUAUCGCUUUGGCUGCUAUUCUGAAAAGAAACCGGAAGUGUGCCACUUGCUGGGCGAUUAUUUGGAGGGAAUUAAGAAGGAUUUCGAGAAGGCAUCCAAAGUAUACAAAUCAACAUGUGACGACUAUGGAUAUGCCAAGUCCUGCUAUAAAUAUGGCAACUAUAGCUUCCUGGGCAAGGGUAAGAGCGGCAGCAAAGGUGAGCCUCGCGUCGCCUAUCAGUACUAUGAGAAGGGCUGCAAUCUGAACGAUUCGGAUGCUUGUCUGCAUUCCGGUCUGCUGCUCGUCUCACGCUCCAUGCCCAAAGAGAUUGACCGAAAUGUGCCUAAAGGUUUGCAGUUUCUCACCAAGAGCUGUGACAUGAACAAUGCCACUGCCUGCUUCUAUUUAUCUGGGAUGCAUAUUUCGGGCGUGCAGAAGAAGCCGGAGGAUGCGUCCACCGCGGCGCAGGCCAAAACGCUUAAGGACACCGAUUACAUUGUGCUCAAGGACAUGAAGAAGGCCUUUCAGUUCGCCUACAAGGCGUGCGAAUUGCGUAACAUGUAUGCGUGCGCCAAUCUUAGCCAGAUGUACAAACGCGGCGAUGGCAUCGAGAAGAACGAGAAGGAGGCGGAGAAAUAUAAGAAGCUGGCGCUCGAAAUGCAGGAGGAGAUGAAGAAGCAACAGGAGACGCUCAGUUUUCAACAAGGCGUCGGCAUGCCAAACUGAUUUAUCCUAUCAAUAUCUACCUAUAUGUACAUGCGCAUGUAUACAKAUAUAUAUAUAUUGUUAUGUACAUGUAUAUAUAUUUGUGUGCGUGUAUAGUCAAGUUUCAUAUCCUUUUGUUUCUAUUAUCUCUACUUUUUGCCUAUUUUGUUCCGUUGAGAUUUCGUAAAGAUUUGCUAUAACUAAUUUAAGUGGGUUAUAUAUAUAUAUACUAUAUACAUAUAGGUAUAUAUGUAUUUUUUGUUUUUUCGUGUAUAUAGACAGCGGCAUUUGCGUUUUCGGCAUGUGUUUUGAAAAAUUCCUAGUUUUAAUUGUUAAAGUUUAAACGAUAAACCAGAGAAAACGAAGAAAAAAAAA